AUGGCAACGAGGGUGGUGCUGUUGAUGGCCCUCACCCUCUAUAUCCUCCCUUUGCUUUUUCCCGUUGCUACAGCAACGUUCCAUGUCAAAGGUUCCGUUUACUGUGAUACCUGUCGUGCUGGAUUCGAAACCAAUGCCACCUUUUACAUUGCAGGUGCAAGGGUAGCAAUUCAGUGCAAAGAAAGGAAGACUAUGAACGUGGUUUUCUACACCGAAGGAGUGACAGACUCAACGGGAACAUACCACAUUGAGGUUGCAAAUGACCACAACGACCAUAUUUGUCAAUGCUUGCUUCUUCAUAGCCCCUUGGAAGGUUGUAAUAAAGCAGACCCUGGGCGUGGUAGAUCCAGCAUCGUGCUCACCCACAUAAAAAAUGGUGUGGUCAACCAUAUUCACUAUGCAAAUGCUAUGGGUUACUUGAAGGACAAGCCUUUGCCUCAAUGCAAGGAACUGCUUAAAUACUACCUGUCUGACUCGGAUGUUUGA